AUGUCAGAAAGGGUAAUCGACCCGUGGGUUCGCAAGAAUACGAAUCCCUUCCAAACGUACAGGUUUGCGGACUUUGAAGUCUCGCAUUUAAAAUCAUCAUUUUCAGGGUGGACGGCAGGUUGUACACAAUUCCAUUCGUUAUUUUCCACAAUUUGACGUUCAUGAAGUCGUCCGAUAAGUACAUUACUGAAUGCCGGCGACUUCCGCAUCAGUAUUCAGCCGUUUUCGACGAGAAAACAAAGACGAUUCUGAAACUGAAUCCGCCUAUCGAGCUGAACAAAAAGUUGAAAGUUUAUCUGCAGGUACUCGAGUAGAAAAGGUUUAGAAACGAACAAAUUGGCAGGAGAGCAGCAGUCAGCACAUGUCGACGAUCCUGGAAGGCGUGGAAGCAGCGAACAUGAAGCUGGAAAGUGCAGAGAUUCUGGUGACCGGUGAGGCACUCAACAAGAUUGCCGGAUCCGUGUUCAAUCAAGAGAGGAGCUGGAGACUUCGAGCAUUCGUGGAGUACGUGCAGGGGACGUCGAUUAUUGUUCUCUGCGACGACGAUUUGACUGAAACGGAACCAAACUCUCAAUAGUACUUACGAACUGAUUGCUUCGCUCACACAGAAAUUAUCAUUUUUCAGUUUGACAGAAUUCCUGAAGGAGCGUACCGACGCAAUAAAUUUCGCUCAAUCAUUAUGCGAACGUGGCUCAGAAACCAACACGAAUCCGCAUCUCCGAGGCUGUCUCACAGUGCUCUCUUCGAUAAACGAUGGUCAGGAGAGCGUGCGUAUGGCCGUGGUCAGCGAGGUGGACAUGGUGAACGCCCAGCAACGUGAGAAAUUGGAGAGUUCAUCUGAAAAUCGCCAGUUUCAGCUGUGAACGCGUACGUGAUGAGCGGAAUGGGACGGACUAAUCGUCCGAAGAUCGAUUGGGAUGAAGACAGCACGUGAGAGACGGUGAAUUCGGAGAAAUGUGAGAAAACGUUCCUGUUUCAGCAACAAAUGUUUCGAGUAUUUGUGGUCCCGUUCCUUCUGGCUUGGCCUCGAAAAUUGUCUAUUCGGAUUGCGCCCUUCGGAUGAAGAAGCCGUCCAAACAGUCAGUACAUACGGAUUUCAACUUAAUAAUUUUUUUGUCCUUCCAGACGCAGCGCUGCAGUUUGUCCCAUUUCUACCGUCAACACCGCCAUCGCAACAAUCGACUUGCAGAUGUCGCCACGAACUGCGUCGCCCGUGUUCUGAUACGUCUGCGGGACGCCGUACUCACGAAUCCACGUGUCAAUUGGAUUGUGAACUAUGCGGGAGAAUGCGGACCGAAUGAGCCAGACUACAUUCAUAUCUUCGAAGCUCCCGAAUCGUACGGCUUCUGGCUGCUCAGAGAAAAGUAUCAUAUGAUGAAAAGGGAAGUGGUAAGCGGGAAACAGCAUCGAAAUCUCGAAUGAUUAUUCAAUUUCAGAAGAAGGAGGUCGAGAAAAUGAAUUCCGAUGAUAAUGGAGAAGGAGACGCAGAACGAAUGAUCCGAGUAUUUCCAACUCGCAAGAAAGGUCUCCGGAUUCGAAGCAAGGGAACUUUGGCACGCCAAUUCCGCAGAUAUAUCAGGAUGAACUAG